AUGGACUAUUCACUGGAGAAUCAUAAGACAUAUACCGGAAAGCACGUCUCAGAGCUUCCUACACCAUCCCUGGUUGUCAAUCUGCCUGUUCUCAAGACGAAUGUCGAGACGUUACAUCGCGAUGUUGAGAAGCUCGGCAUUGGCUUUAGACCUCAUGUCAAGACAUUGAAGUCUCUUGAGGUGACACGGUUAAUGAUGGCGGAUGGGAAAUACAGAGGAAUCAUUGCCUCCACCAUCCCUGAGAUCCAAGGUGCUUUACCCCUGGUGAAAGAGGGCCUCUUGGAAGAGUGUCUCUACGGUCUACCUGUCUAUCCUGGUAUCCUGCCAAGGUUGGUUGAGUUGCGAAGAUCACUACGUAUCAUGCUCAUGGUCGACAAUGAGCAACAGGUUGAUUUCCUCGAAAAGUCGGCUUCAAGCAAGCAGCCCUGGGAUGUCUUUGUCAAGCUCGAUGUGGGAUCGCGCCGGGCAGGCGUUGAAGCCAACAGUGCUGCACUGAACAGCUUGGUAGAGCGUGCACAGAAGUCGUCUGCCAUUAGUAUCUACGGAUUCUACUGUCACGCAGGUCAUUCGUAUGGAGGUCGGUCGCGGGACGAGGCUGAGAAGACGCUCAACAUAGAAGUGUCGAGCGUCUUAGCCGCGGCCAAGCUUCUGCCCUCUGAUCACCAGCUUGUCAUCUCCGUCGGCAGCACACCAACAGCGCAUGUCGUCGAAAGCCUCAAGGCAUCAAUGCCAGAGAACAUCAAGCUGGAGCUCCACGCAGGCAAUUUCCCCUGCAACGAUCUCCAGCAAGUGUCAACUGGCCUUGUGACAGAGACACAGCAAUCCGUGUCUGUAGCCGCCGAAGUAUGUAGCGUGUACCCGGAGAGGAACGAAGCGCUCGUCAACGCAGGUGUGAUCGCGCUGUCGCGUGAGGCCAGCGCCUUUAGCGGAUUCGGCCGAGUGGUGGGCAGUCCGGCGUGGGGUGUGGUCCGAUUGUCGCAGGAGCAUGGGAUCCUUGGGACGAGCGAGGGACGAAAGGUCGAUGAGGAUUUCGAGGUCGGGCAAAAGAUUCAGCUGUGGUGCAAUCACGCUUGUAUAGCCGCGGCUGCGUUUUACGUGUAUUAUGUUGUUGAUGAGCAGGGCAUUCAACUCAAGUCUACUCUUUUAUCCCCCUCUCUACCCCGCCUUACCAUCAUGUCUUACGCCGACGUUGCUGCCAGUGGCCCCAAGCAGAGCCCCGAGGAGGCUGCUGCCCCUCAACCUCCUCAGGUCAUCACUGACGAGUCCGCCUCCACCGCCUCUUUGGUCGAUGUUGAUAUGCCUAGCGUGCACACUGUCCCCAACGACUUCCUUGAGCAGGAGAUCAAGACAGAGACCCAGGCUGCUCGCGUAGAGCGAGAAGAGGAGGCCCGCGAGGAGAAGCGAAAGCGUGACGAGGCUGCCGCCAAAGCCAAGAGCGCCGACAACUGGCUCAUCCAACAAUUCUCUCGCCUGUCAGACGGAAGUGCUACUGGCCUUGUUAUUGCCAACUUUGCUACCGUUGUUGGUCUGGGAGCAUACCUUGGCUACAAGGGUUGGGGUCUCUACGAGAAGGGCAAGCUUGACUGGAAGGCCGUCACUCUCGGUGCUGGUAUCCUCGCUGGUGUGACAGCUGCCGAGGGUGCUGUUGGACGAUAUCUGUACAAGGGCAAGAAGGGCGGCAACUAA